AUAUAUAUAUAUAUAUAUAUAUAUAAUGGAAGGUACAAAUGAUUCCAUGGAUGAUUCAGUAAUAGAUAUUUCGCCCAACUUAAUAGAUGUUAUCGAUUUAACUAAGGAAUCACCAAGGUCAGUCAGACCUUUAAGAUCAUGUCUGAGAAAUGCCGAAAAUGUAUCUUCUAGCGAUAAUAGAACCAGCAAUUCAGAUCAUCAUAGGCCUAUACCUCCUAUUGUUUUAGGAAAUACACAAAAUAUCCAAACGAAAAAUACUAGAAAGACAGGAAGAGUUUCUCGGGCUACAGAUUCAAGUGAAGUUUUGACCCUUGAUGAUACUAUUGAAGAAGAUAAAACAUGUUAUACAGUUCAAUCAGAUAUUAAAGAACCAAUACCUCUUACGUGCCCAAUAUGUUUCGAAGCAUUAUCUUCCAAACUAAAACCUUAUACUACUCGUUGUGGACAUCUGUUUUGCUCAGAAUGUUUGCAGACAUCUCUUCAGAAGACAGCUAAAAAAUGUCCAACUUGUAAAGCAACUAUAGCUUUAAAAUCUUGUACUCGUUUAUAUCUUUAAAUAUUAUAGAACAUUACAAGCUGUUCCAUAUCUUUUGGUA